AUGUACGUCUAUCUAUCUAUCUAUCUAUCUAUCUAUCUAUCUAUCUAUCUAUCUCAUCUAUUCUUAUAUAUUUCUCUAUCUCAAUCUGUUCAUUUCUAUCUACCUAUCUCAGUCUGUUCAUAUCUCUCUAUCUAUAGCAGUCUGUUUCUAUCUAUCUAUCUAUCUAUCUAUCUCAUCUGUUCAUAUCUCUCUAUCUAUAGCAGUCUGUUUCUAUCUAUCUAUCUAUCUAUCUAUCUAUCUAUCUAUCUAUCUAUCUCAUCUGUUCAUAUCUCUCUAUCUAUAGCAGUCUGUUUCUAUCUAUCUAUCUAUCUAUCUAUCUAUCUAUCUAUCUAUCUAUCUAUCUAUCUCAUCUGUUCAUAUCUCUCUAUCUAUAGCAGUCUGUUUAUAUCUAUCUAUCUAUCUAUCUAUCUAUCUAUCUAUCUAUCUAUCUAUCUAUCUAUCCAGGUAUUUUUUGUUUCUGUCUAUCUCAUCUAUCUAUCUAUCUAUCUAUCUAUCUAUCUAUCUAUCUCAGUCACUUCAAAACACUAUCUAUCAUGGACACUCCUUUUCCAUUCCUUUUUGAUACUCACUCUUUUUGAUCUAUCUAUCUAUCUCAUUUUGUCCAUAUCUAUCUAUCUAUCAUCUAUCUAUCUAUCAUCUAUCUAUCUAUUACUUAUAUCUCUCAAAAUUUUCAUCCAUCUAUCUAUCUAUCUAUCUAUCUAUCUAUCUAUCUAUCUAUCUAUCUCAGUCUGUUCACAACAUCAUCUAUCUAUCUAUCUAUCUAUCUAUCUAUCUCAGUCUGUUCACAUCUAUCUAUCUAUCUAUCUAUCUAUCUAUCUAUCUAUCUAUCUAUCUAUCUAA